UUUACCCCUUGCAUGGGCGGCUCCUUUAACAAGAGCUGGGAUUGCUAGAGUGCUGGGAUUACACUACACAUCAAGUCUACAAAACACCAGCCUGCUUUCUUCUCAGUUUAUUAGUUUCAUGCAUGCUGAAACUAACCGGUGGUGAGGACAGUGGGGUUUCCACGGAUUACAGUUUGCCCUGGAUCGUGUGAAUAAACGCUGAUUGUCAAGAUGGAAAUGUCCAAUUUCACACUUUUUGAUCCGCGAUGCAGGGAAGAGGCUCCGUUCGCUAUCGAUGUUAUUAUGCAGCUGGAUAUCUUUGGCAUUGUCCUCUUCUCUGUACUGACUUUAAUGGCCACAGUGUCCAUGCUGGUUUUCAUUGAAGAAUGCAUCUACAUCUAUAAGAAAGUACCUCCAAAUAAGAAAAGUGUAAUCAUCUGGGUAACCGGAGCAGCACCGGUUAUUGCUACCAUGUCUUGUUUGGGCAUGUGGGUUCCAAGGGCCACAAUGUUCACUGAUAUGACAUCAGCUACAUACUUUGCAAUUGUGGUCUUCAAGUUCCUGAUUCUCAUGAUUGAAGAGGUCGGAGGAGACAAUGCAUUUCUCAGGCACUCAGAGAAUAAGUCAUUUAAGAUCAGCACAGGACCUUGCUGCUGCUGCUGCCCGUGUCUGCCAAACGUCCCCAUCACACCACGAUCUCUGUUCAUUUUGAAACUGGGGUCCUACCAGUUUGCGCUGUUGAAAUUGGCCUUAACCAUCCUUUCUAUAGUCCUCUGGUCGAAUGGCAACUUCAAUUUAGCUGAUGUUUCAGCCACUGGAGCAGCCAUAUGGAUAAACUCCUUUAUAGGCGUUCUCACCAUUAUCGCCCUUUGGCCUGUUGCAAUCAUGUUCAUGCAUGUGCGAGAGGCAUUACGCACCCUUAAAAUGGUCCCUAAAUAUGCCAUGUAUCAGUUGGUGCUGAUUCUCAGCCAGCUGCAAACUGCUGUCAUCAACAUACUGGCAAUGAACGGGACUAUUGCCUGCGCACCACCCUACACGUCCCAGGCCCGUGGAUACUUGAUGAGUCAGCAGCUGUUGAUUGUGGAGAUGUUCAUCAUCACGCUAGUGACCCGUGUUUUAUAUAGACGUCAGUAUGACCCCAUACCAGAUCUGGAUGAUGUUGAGGAGACAAAGACUGUCCUCACCUCAACAAAAGUUGUAUAUAUUGCCUGAGAAGAACAGACUGUUGCGUGUGAUUGAGAUUUUGCUAUUUUUUUUUAG